AAGUUUGAGGACUUUAACGUUAACGUAUUAUCGUCCAGGAUACAUGAACACGAUAGAGAAUACAGCGAAGGAGACAUCUUGUUGUUUUAUCGGAGCUGUUUGUCCUGAACGUGUCUGUCAGUGCUCAGCUCAGGCUCACGGGAAGUUGUUUGACUCUUUCUACGUUGAUCUUUUAAAAGGACAGUUUGCAAUCAGCUAACUGAGAUAAGUGAAGACUCCAACAGUAAUUCACUGUGAGAAGUUAUGGACCCAGAGGUGUCUGUGCUGCUGCACUGUGAACGCUGGCAGGGGCUGCUGCAGUCUCAAGUACAAGUGGAGCUUUCUGAAAGGUUUAACAGGCAGAUAGAUCCAGCUGUAGAGCUUCACAUCGACGAGCUGUGGACGGGGCGGGUGUCCAAAGAGCCGUGGCUUUUCAACGGGGCCAAAUUCAGGCUUCAUUCUUUCUGCUUUGCUACUCAAAAACAGCCUCCAUCCACUCAUUCCUCCAACAUCCCCUUUUUGAACUGUGCAGAGGACCAGAACAGACAAACUAACAGCUGUAUAAACCAAACAGAACCCGUAGCGGACGUCAUUCAACAGACUGACACUAAAUUGCUACAAGAUUUCUCCACAUGUGGCUGCACAGAACAGAAAGACGCUACACCUGAACUUCCAUCACGAUGCGGGCCAUUCCUCACUCUGAGACUCGGCCUCACUUGCUACAAGGACUAUCUAGGAACUAACUGGUCGAGUCAAGUCGCGGAGCUUCGUCGGCGAGGAGAAGUGGAGUUCGGGGAUCCUCUGGCGCUGCUGGCUCAGCCUCUGGGUGUCGGCGCCGUGCUGCGAACAGCUGACAGUCAAGUGGUGCUGAUCAGAAGGAGUCAGAGGGUGGCAGAGGCCGGAGGGUUCCUCGACCUUCCCGGAGGACACCCAGAGCCCAAGGUGGUGUGUGAGCGUCUGGGCCAGGCGGUGUGUGAGGAGGACAUCAGUGUGGUGAUGAUGCAGCCGGAGGUCGUCGUCUCAGAGCUGUUCUCCUCUGUGUGCGCAGAGAUCAGAGACGAGGUCAACGUUCCUCUGAGUUCCCUUGGAGAGCCGGUUCUGUUGGGCGUCGCUCUGAAUCACACCAGUGCUGGAAGACCAAGUGCUGAGUUCUACGUCAGCUGCUCACUGACUUCUGAUGAAGUUAGAAAGUUUUACUGGAAAGGAGGAGCAGAGGCCCACGAGUCCACAGACGUCGUCUUCGUCAGCAGAACGGAAGUCCUGCAGCUGGACAGCAGCAGCCCUCUGUGGUCCGAGUUGUGUCCUUCAGCUAAAGGAGCCGUGCUGCUUUAUCAGAUUGUGAAGCCUGACGGAGAACCAGACGACAAGUCGACAAUACAAAACGGACCCAGAUGAUCAAAUGUGCACAAAGACAAACCGUUGGAGUCAAGUUCAGAGAUUUAUUUACCUAAAUCACUUAUUGACCAACACUGCUGAUAAAACUGUGCAAAAUACUGUGUAGUGCCUGUUACAGUAGAAACUUCUUAAAAUAUUUUUGAAUAAAAAGCGGCCUUGUUUUUAUCAAUAAAAUUAUUAAAAACCA